AUGGCUCGUCUCCUCGUUUCCGCCGUGCUGCUGCGCUCUACACUCGCCGACGGGCCGUUGGUGGACACAACGACGACGGUCCCAGACGACGAGUUUGUGAUGCUUCCCGGCUACUGCGAGCCGAAUUGGAAGAGUAACAGCCUUUGCUCGGCGUCGAGCGACGGCGGCCCCAGGCUGGCUGACACGUGCGAGGGCACCUACGCCGGGAAGGACGUUCCUAUCGGUGGAGACUGGAGCCGCGAGACAGGCUUUGCCUACUUCCACCCAGACUCCUGCGAUGAGGCCUGCGCCAAGGCGCGCUGCCUUGCAGAUGCGAACUGUGCAGGAAUGACAGUGGCCACCUUCGCCUUCGACUCGCGAAGGACAGCCGCCCUGAAGUCGAGCGUCUCGGGCUCGACCGACUGGGAAGGCUACGAGUGCUUACGCAAAGCGACGUGGGUUCCGACAUCAAGCGCUCAGCCGCUUUCCCCGUUCCUGGCUCCCUUGCCGCUUCUCGCCGGGCUAGUAUAG